AUGGCUAACCUCAACGAUUCGGGCACUCUCUGGUAGGUUUUGGGCAAAAUUUGGAGUUUCCUUCGUAAAAUACCGCUUGAAACUGUCUACAGUUCGGGUUCGGCUCGUCAAAUUUGAUGUUUAUGUGCAAAAUUCCUAUUGUUAUGUUUUCGAUUAACUAGACAUCCAUAACAUUUUUAUCGUUACAGGGAAUCCUAUAGAACCACAGAGCAGCGAGCAGGACCGUUGCCCAUUCAUUCCACUCCAAAAACGCCGAGAUCCAUCAGGUUAGUAUACUUUUGAAUGUGUUUUUGGUAUAAAACAUACAGCAAAAAGCUAUUAAGAGUGACAUGAUAAUUGCAGAGCUCCGGAAACGCCAAAUGUCACCAAUAUUAUAGUGGAACAAGAACAAGAUGAGAAUAUUGGUAAUUUUUUGUUAUUGUUUGCUGAAAUUUCCAUGUUUUCUUUCAAUUUUCGGAAGUAAAACUUUACCAGAACAACAAAAAGUUUUUAGGAAUUUGCAACGUGACCCAAGUCAUCCACACAACUUCCUGCUCAAACUGCAAAGAACUGCGAUCUGUCAUCCAGAAGUUGGAAGAAAAAGUGGAGAAACAGAGCCAAUUCAUCAAAUCACUGCUGAAAUCGCUGAAUUCGUGAGUUUUGUGUGAAUUUUAUGAAAAUGAUGCAUUAUGUCGGAACCCAAUAGUUUUAUAGGCUUUCCUGGGAGUUCGGUCAUUUUGAUCCCCAUUUUUUAUUUCAGAGUCAGCACAAGUGAGAUGGAUUCGUCCGAAUCUCAGCACGGAAACGGAUCCACAGCGAGCACCACAAAAAGUACAAAGGUCCAGAGGGUCACGCCCACCAAAAGAGAGACAACUGCCUCAACAAGCAGUAGCACAAGCAGCAGCACGUCUUCCCCGGUCGUCAGACAUAUUCUGCAACAACUACCCAAUCCGAGAAUCGUCCGGACGCCCACAGGGACGCCGAAUAUGACCCGAAAUGUGAGACCGCCAGCGAAUAGGACGAGCUCUAGUCACUCAUCAAUAAGGGACGUCACGGUAUGUUUUCUGAUCUUGUUAUGCACAUUCGAUAGUAUUUGUUUACAGCCAACACCAAACAGACGGUCUCGUCUUCCUCCGAUCAUCCGUACGCCGCAUUCUUUGCCAAUGGGAAGCAUUCAGGGGAGAACCGCCGGAGCUUCGGAAACGCCCAUUCUGCCGACUCUUCCACAACAAUCGGCAACGGCCAGAAGGUCUCAAUCCCGCAGGAGACUAUUUGCAGAUGAACCAAUAGACUUUACUCGUGAGUAUUUCGUGAAAUCAUGUCAUUUUCCUAAUCCUUAGCACACACAUAGCCCUCUUCACAGUCUUUGUGACCAAUCACACUUUGAAUUCAGGAAACCGAGAGACUGGAACCGGAAAUGAGAAUCCAAUAGAACAUCUAAACAUUUCGCCUGUUAAAGAUGAUCAAUGGGCUCGAUCGUGUCCUCCAAGAGUGAGUUCUAUCCCUUCCUUCAAACCUAAUCAGAUUUCACUUCCAGUUUCAUCUCGAGCGUAACCGUCCGGAUUUCAUUGAACGGCUCGAAGCGAGGCAGAGCAUCAUCAAAGCGGCCUCACAGAAAAGAGCGGACAUCGAGCGGAGGAAGAGGGUAAGCGUCCUUUUUUGUGGACUUUUCGAACCGAACCACCGAUUAUCUUUUCAGUUGGCAGCGAGAGCAGUGGCCACCGGACAAAGGAGUGUGGAGAGUGUGAGCAGGGAACUUUUUGCUGACUCAACAGCUGUGCGAGCGUUUUAUGAGCAGGAUAUGAGGGAAAUCACUUUGAGGUAGAAUCAGUUCACACAAAUGUUCUUAUUUUGAAUUUUGAUUUCAGAAACAUUCGGAAGACAAAAUCGUAUCAAAGUCACAUGUGGGACCGGAUAGCUACAGUGGACAGAGCUGCAAACAGAAUCAUUGCACAAACUCACAGUCUGGUAAGCUUUUUCUAUUUAUUAUUAGUUUCAAUGUAUGUACUUAAUUGUGAGAAACGGUUAUUUUUCAGAGAGCAAGGUCAACUUCCCGUCCCCGUCUGCAAUAA